ACGACAAGUCAUGCUGUAGGAGAGACUCGACCGAAAGCAUUGCCAUCGCGGCAGCAGAGAAUCGACAACCAUGUUCACCUUCUGCCCGCUCCAGGGCGCUCUGUCGGAGUCGCUCGCGUCGCAGUCGCUUUUGGAGCUCGAUGGAGGAGUCAAGGUGCUGGUUGAUCUGGGCUGGGACGAGACCUUUAGCAGCGACAAGCUCGAGGAGCUGGAAAAGCAGGUUCCCACACUCUCGCUCAUUCUCCUCACCCACGCCACCGUCUCGCACCUGGCCGCAUAUGCCCACUGCUGCAAGAACAUCGCCCUCUUCACCCGCAUUCCCGUCUAUGCGACUCGCCCCGUCAUCGACCUCGGCCGAACCCUCACCCAAGACCUCUACUCCUCCACUCCCGCGGCCGCCACCACCAUCCGGCAGAGCUCGCUCUCCGAGUCGACAUACGCUUACUCACAGACCGCCGCGACUGCGCAAAACCUGCUUCUGCAAUCCCCCACGCCCGAAGAGAUUGCGCGAUACUUUUCUCUCAUCCAGCCGCUCAAGUACUCGCAGCCGCAUCAACCCCUGUCCUCGCCGUUCUCCCCUCCGCUCAAUGGCCUAACCAUCACGGCCUACAACUCUGGCCACACCCUCGGUGGCACGAUAUGGCACAUUCAGCACGGCCUGGAGUCUAUCGUGUACGCAGUGGACUGGAACCAAGCUCGUGAGAAUGUCUUCGCUGGAGCUGCUUGGCUUGGAGGUGCUGGAGGCGGCGGCGCAGAGGUUAUCGAGCAGCUGCGCAAGCCCACUGCCUUGAUUUGCAGUUCUCGCGGCGCAGACAGAACCGCGCAGGCGGGUGGUCGUGCGAAGCGAGACGAACAUCUCCUUGAAAUGAUCAAGACGUGCGUUAGCCGUGGCGGCACGGUACUCAUCCCCGUAGACUCGAGCGCCAGGGUCCUAGAGAUUUCCUAUCUUCUCGAGCAUGCCUGGCGCACGGAUGCUGCGAACAGAGACGGCGUGCUCAAGCACUCAAAGCUGUAUCUGGCCGGCCGCAACGUUUCGAGUACCAUGAGGUAUGCGCGCAGUAUGCUGGAGUGGAUGGACAACAACAUCGUCCAAGAGUUCGAGGCCUUUGCCGAAGGUCAGCGAAAGGUCAAUGGAGGCAGCGAGAAGAAAGAAGGGGCGCCGUUCGACUUCAAAUACUUGCGAUUGCUGGAGCGAAAAGCCCAAAUCACAAAGCUUCUCAGCCAGAAUAUCGAGAACGGAGAGACGCAUGGUCGCGUGAUCCUGGCCAGCGACAUCACCAUGGAAUGGGGUUUCUCCAAGGACCUCGUCAAGGGUCUGGCCAGGGACUCUCGAAACCUGGUCAUCUUGACAGAGCGGCCUAGCUUGUCCAGGGAAGAUGCUCCCUCGAUUUCAAGGACAUUAUGGGAAUGGUGGAAAGAGAGGAGAGAUGGUGUCUCUAUGGAGCACGCCAGCACUGGUGACACCCUGGAGAUGGUUUACGGAGGCGGCCGGGAACUGGAGGUUCGCGAAGCUCUCCGUGAACCUCUAGAAGGAGACGAUCUCGCCAUAUAUCAGCAGUGGCUAGCGACGCAGAGACAGCUGCAGGCAACUCAGCAGGCCGGCGGAGCAGGUGUGCUGGAAACAGCUACCGACGUCGUCGAUGAUGCUUCAUCCGAAUCUUCGUCCGAUUCGGAAGACGAGGGUGAGCAGCAGGGCAAGGCCCUCAACGUGUCUGCUACCAUGGGCCAGGCAGGACGCAAGAACGUGGUUCUCAAAGACGAGGACUUGGGCAUCAAUAUCUUGAUCAAGAAGAAGAACGUGUACGAUUUUGACACACGCGGCAAAAGGGGCCGAGAACGCUCGUUUCCAAUGGCCAUCCGACGGAAGAGGGCCGACGAUUUUGGCGAGCUGAUUCGCCCAGAAGACUACCUACGGGCAGAGGAGAAGGAGGACGACGCAGUUGACGGUGCUCAGAUCGCUGCAGAAGACGACAAGCUCGGCAAGAAGCGCAAGUGGGACGAUGUCGCCAAGCAGGCAGCUGGUGCCAACAAGCGGCCCAACAUGAACCGAACGGCCACGGCUGACGAUGCCGAAGCCAUGGACCUGGCCGAUGGUGCUGCUACGGACGAGCUGGACACUGUCGAGGAUGCCGAACCGGAGGAACCCACGGGCCCAUGCAAGCUGGUGUACAAGACGGAAUCGGUGACGGUGAACCUGCGGGUUGCCAUGAUCGACUUCAGCGGACUGCACGACAAGCGAAGUCUCAACAUGCUGAUCCCCCUGAUACAGCCGCGCAAGCUGAUCCUCGUGGCGGGCACUCGGGAAGAGACGACGGCUCUCGCAGCGGACUGCCGAGCCGCGCUGGCGUCGGACGGGGACCGCUCUGUCGACGUCUUCACGCCCGAGGUCGGCACCUGGGUGGACGCCAGCAUGGACACAAACGCCUGGGUCGUGAAGCUGGCCGACCCCCUCGUCAAGAAGCUCAAGUGGCAGAACGUCCGCGGCCUGGGCAUCGUCACCAUCACGGGCCAGCUGCUCGCCUCGGCCCUCGCCCACCAGGCAGGUUCGGAGCAGCAGGCCCACCACGACCACGACGACGUGGCCAACAAGAGGCAGAAGACGGAGCCGUCGACGACGACGUCCACCGCCGUGGCGCUCACCAACGCCGCCGACACGGCCGCGAUGCCCACGCUGGACGUGCUGCCCGCGAACCUCAUCUCGGCC